CGGAGACGCGCGCUGGCUGCUUGGCUGGACGGCUGCAUGCGCUGUCCCUUUCAGCACCGAAAACCCGAGGCGCGUGCAUCUAUGAGUGGGACGCGAAGGAGCGAGGAUCACUCAAUCAAGUCACGGAAAAGCAGGGUCUGCUGAAGAUGUGAGUUCAGGAUUACAAUCGCUGCAGCUGCACUCGCUGCCACCGUCUCCUCUCUCUCUCUCUCUCUCUCUCUCUCUCUCUCUCUCUCUCUCUCUCUCUCUCUCUCUCUCUCUCUCUCUCUCUCUCUCUCCUCUAUCUCCUCUACUGGGACAUGCAUGCCUCAUGGGCCUGGGACAUCUUAGAGCUGCCUGCUAACUCCUCCCCCGGGGCACUGACGCUCUUUCACCCAUGAUCCCGCCCACAAACUCCACAGUAACUCCUCAGUAACUCCUCCCACAACCGCCACUCAACUGUUACCAUGGCGUUGCCGGAAUCCCAACGCCUUCCUUCCUUCCUCGCCACACGCCACUUCCUUCUCCACUUCCUUGCCUCAUGUUCCUGGUUCCUCCCUCUGGCCUCUCCUCAGCGAAUCACGGACCCCGCCAUUGGUACUGCGCCCAAUCAGGAGUACGCUCACUCCAUCCGAUUGGAAGGCGACAUCAUCCUGGGUGGCCUGUUCCCGGUGCACUCCCGGGGGGGCGGUGGCAUGCCCUGCGGGGAACUGAAGAAGGAGAAAGGGAUCCAUCGUCUUGAGGCCAUGAUGUUUGCCAUCGACCUGAUCAACAAGGACACGGAGCUGCUCCCCAACAUCACCCUGGGGGCCCGGAUCCUGGACACCUGCUCCAGAGACACCUACGCCCUGGAGCAGUCGCUGACCUUUGUCCAGGCCCUCAUCGAGAAGGACGGCUCGGAUGUACGCUGUGCCAAUGGCGACCUGCCCAUCUUCGCCAAGCCUGAUAAGAUCGUGGGGGUGAUCGGGGCGGCGGCCAGCUCCGUGUCCAUCAUGGUUGCCAAUAUACUGAGGCUGUUCAAGAUCCCUCAGAUCAGCUAUGCGUCCACGGCCCCAGAGCUCAGUGACAACACGAGGUAUGACUUUUUCUCCCGCGUCGUACCUCCGGACUCCUACCAGGCCCAGGCAAUGAUGGACAUCGUCACGGCGAUGGGAUGGAACUACGUGUCCACGCUCGCCUCCGAGGGGAACUACGGCGAGAGCGGUGUCGAGGCCUUCGUACAGAUCUCCCGGGAAACAGGUGGGGUGUGUAUAGCCCAGUCUCUGAAGAUCCCGCGUGAACCCAAGCCAGGGGAGUUUGAUAAGAUCAUCAUACGUCUGCUGGAGACUUCCAACGCCAGGGCUGUCAUUAUGUUCGCCAACGAGGACGACAUACGGCGUAUCCUGGACGCGGCCAAGCACAACAACCAGACUGGUCACUUCCUGUGGGUGGGGUCAGACAGCUGGGGCUCCAAGAUCUCUCCUGUGAUUGGCCAGGAGCGGGUGGCUGAGGGAGCCGUUACCAUCCUGCCCAAACGAGCCUCCGUUGACGCGUUUGACCGUUACUUCCGGAGCCGCUCUCUGUCCAACAACAGGAGGAACGUGUGGUUCGCUGAGUUCUGGGAGGAGAACUUCGGCUGCAAGCUGGGGAUGCAUGGCAAGCGCCCCGGAAGCCCCAAGAAAUGCACAGGUCUGGAGAAGGUUGGUCGGGACUCGAGCUACGAGCAGGAGGGGAAGGUGCAGUUUGUGAUGGAUGCCGUGUAUGCUAUGGCCCAUGCCCUGCACCGGAUGCACCGGGAACUCUGCUAUGGAUACCCAGGCCUGUGCCCAAAGAUGGCCAACAUCGAUGGCAAGGAACUACUCAGCCAUAUCAGAGCUGUCAACUUUAAUGUGUCCUCCAUGAGCCAUGAUCCAUCCUCUCUGAGAGCAGUCCUCCCACAGAGAAGUGCCGGUACUCCAGUGGUGUUCAAUGAGAACGGCGACGCCCCUGGACGGUACGACAUCUUCCAGUACCAGAGCACCAACCGCUCUACCAGAGAGUACAAGGUCAUAGGCACCUGGACCAACAAACUACACCUAAAUGUAGAGGCCAUGCAGUGGCGGGCAGGCGACCCGUCCCUCCCGGCGUCUGUGUGCAGCGUGCCCUGCCGGAUGGGUGAAAGGAAGAAGAUUGUGAAGGGUGUGCCGUGCUGCUGGCACUGCGAGCGCUGCGAGGGCUAUCACUUCCAGGCCAGCGAGUUCAGCUGUGAACUCUGUCCCUACGAACAGCGUCCUGACGCCAACCGAACGGGCUGCCAGAACAUCCCCAUCAUCAAGCUGGAGUGGCACUCGCCCUGGGCCGUCAUUCCCGUCUUUAUCUCAAUGCUAGGCAUCAUCGCCACCACCUUCGUUAUUGUGACCUUCGUCCGCUACAACGAAACGCCCAUCGUCAGGGCUUCCGGCCGUGAGAUGAGCUACGUGCUGUUGACGGGCAUUUUCCUGUGUUAUGCAAUCACCUUCCUGAUGAUCGCCGCGCCUGACGUGGUCGUGUGUUCCUUCAGGAGGAUCUUUCUGGGUCUGGGGAUGUGCUUCAGCUACGCGGCCCUCCUCACCAAGACCAACCGCAUCCACCGCAUCUUCGAGCAGGGGAAGAAGUCGGUCAGCGCCCCCCGGUUCAUCUCCCCGGCCUCCCAGCUGGUCAUCACCUUCUCCCUGAUCUCAGUGCAGCUCCUGGGGGUGUUUGUAUGGUUUGCCGUGGACCCGCCACACACCUUCGUGGACUACGGCGAGCAGCGGACCCAGGACCCGGCGGCGGCUCGCGGCGUGCUGAAGUGUGACAUCUCCGACCUGUCCCUGAUCUGCUCCUUGGGCUACUCCAUCCUACUGAUGGUCACAUGCACUGUUUACGCCAUCAAGACCAGGGGAGUGCCGGAGACCUUCAACGAGGCCAAGCCAAUUGGAUUUACCAUGUACACUACCUGCAUAAUCUGGCUGGCGUUUAUCCCCAUCUUCUUCGGGACGGCACAGUCGGCGGAGAGGAUGUACAUCCAGACCACCACCCUGACUAUCUCGCUCAGCCUCAGCGCCUCUGUCUCUCUGGGGAUGUUGUACAUGCCCAAGGUCUACGUCAUCAUCUUCCACCCGGAGCAGAACAUCCCCAAACGUAAACGCAGCUUCAAGGCCAUAGUCACCGCCGCCACCAUGUCAGGAAAGCUGCAGAAGGGAGGCGACCGGCCCAACGGAGAGGUCAAGACGGAGCUGUGUGAGAGCAUGGAGACCAACAGUGACUUCAUCAACUAAGACAACAUAUGUCAGCUACAGUAAUCAUGCCAUCUGAACAUCUGAACAGCACCAAAGUGGAGGGAGGUUUCCCAGGGGCGAGAACAGCUGAGGGAAGGAGCUGUCACUCAGACCGACAGAUGACGGCCUGAUGGACGUAAAGACGGACAGACAGAUGGAACUCCCACCACCACCGCUAACCAAGCAUGAGACAUUUUAUAUUGUUCUGACAGCAUCAAACCGACACAAACCACCAGAGAGGCGGGACCACAAAGACCAACCACCAAUCAGUGGGCCCCGUUCGCUCUCUUCCUGUAAAUCACAGCACAACGGUCCUGCCAUAAACUUUGAACUAACCGUGGAAAAAAGAGACUUAACGGUUUUAAAAAAAAUAAUCCCCUGCAGGCUCUAUGGUCCAGAGAAAAAAAUGAAGAAAAAAGAAGAAAAAGAUAAAACAACAUGGUGUAAAAGUUAUACACAAGGGAGAUGUAUAUGGGAGAUAAAAAGUCAUUAAAAAGAGUUUUAAAAAAAUUAAAUAUUUAAAAGAGAAAAUAGAAUAAACUAUGAGAAUCGACCAUUAUGUUUAUUGUUAUUCUACUUGUAAGUAUUUUUGUGGUUGUGAAGAUUUUUUCAUUCUUGUCCCAUCUGUCGUGCGACCUUGCAUACUCAGAAAGUUUGUCUCUUGUAUCGAUUGGCUAACUGGAUGGGUAGCCCUGGCUUGUGAAUCUGUAAAUGCCCUGGUUGAAGCAUGCCAGUUUUUAUACAAAUGAUUUAUUUAUAAUAAAGGAAUGUUUUGCAAAUGUG